CUUGGCAGCUGCGCAGAGACAGUCGCUCAUCUCGGCCGCCUUUUAACAUUAACACGGAUGCUCUUAUUAAGAAAACAUUCAUUUUUAUCGUUAUUUUUAGCCUCCUAAAUGUGGAAAAUUUUAUAGGGAGAAAUGUAAUGUUCCGACCAAUACAUUUCCUGGCACAUUUCUGAUACGGAAGAAGUGAACCAUUAGCAGGCGAUGGAGGACAAGCGCAAGAAGCGGAGCCCCAAAGUGUCCCUCCCGCAGCCCCCUCCUCCACCAAUCAACCCACGCAAGCUUUCUGUCCUGCCUGCCAGCAAAAGCGCCACCUUCUCGCUGGGCCUGCCGCAGCCCCCGUCCCCUAAAAACCGAGGGAAAUACAAAAGGUCCGUGGGGGCGGCAGGGCAGCCCAAAGAGGUGUUCACUGGGGUUGUCGCUCCACCAAAGACAACCAGGACCCACAGGGAGAAGCCCCGGGCUCCCCAGCCUGCAGGGCCUAGUAAAGUCGUCCAGUCCUCACCGCUGCAGCACUCCUUCCUUACAGAUGUGUCUGAUGUGAGAGAGAUGGAGGGAGGCCUCUUAAACCUCCUCAAUGACUUCCACUCGGGAAAACUGCAGGCUUUUGGUAAGGUGUGCUCCUUCGAGCAGCUGGAACACGUGCGGGAGAUGCAGGAGAAGCUGGCACGACUUCACUUCAGCCUCGACAGCCACGUGGAGGAGCUCUCUGAAGACCAAAAGAAGUGCGCCUCCAACCACAACCUGGAACACCUCCUGUGCAACCUGGAGGAGCUCAGCACCUCAAUACAAAAGCUCCACUUGGCUGAGAAUCAGGACCUGCCCAAGACAUCUGCUCCCUGAUGUAGAGAAUGCACUAUCCCUGGUAGCACAGGUUACCAUGACGUUCCUCGCUGCAGCCGCCCUUGCACCACAAUGGACACUUGGAGUGGGUGGAGUAGCGCUCAUGUUUUGCUGUGAGGGCACAGGAACAAGACAGUACAACAGUCAUUCAGAGAAACAGUCACACAAACCAACAUUACAUGUCUUCUUCAAUCUAUUUUGCAUUUCCACAGCAUGUUUGAAAAGGGGAAAAAAUGUUGCACAAGUUUUGUAUCUCUGCUAAAAUUUUGAUACCUGAAACCUGACUAUGAUUUAAACCUUACAUUUUAAUAUUAAUUUUUUCCCCAAGGGUUUUUCUGCAUUGAACAAAAUGGCAGCUACUUCCAAAUGUCAGUGAAUUUAGGUGGCGAGAUUGUGUUUGAUAACAAUGUGUGUACCGGUACUUUAAAGUUAGUGCUGGCAGAGGAACUUGACUUAAUAAACGCAUUUGAGAUUUUAAAUAAGACUCUUUGAAAUUCAAUUUUUUUGUUGUGAUACAAUAAACACAACAAAGAUAAUUUGUAUGCUGUGUGGUAGCAAUGUCCUACUGUAUUAUUAAUAAUGUAAGAUUCACUAUACUCAGCAGACACUUCCAAAGGAUCAGCUGCACAGCUGAGUAACAUUCAGGUCACUUAUUGCACUAAACGCACACUGGCCAAAACACAAUCUAGUAAGACCUAUUGCAAGAGGUGUAUCAAUAAUGAAUCAAUAUUCAGAAUUCAUGAAUAAUUCUGUAGGUCUAACAAUGUUAUUGGAUCCUAGAUAGGAUUGUUGGUUUGAAAGAAGCCGUUUACGUCAAACUAGAAAGGCGCUCUUUAAACAGAGGUCUAUAGUCCGCAUAUAACGAUGUCCUCACAUAACCAGCCACUAAUGUGUUUCUUUGCUACCAUGUCUCCACCAACCAAGAGACCAGUUGCCUCCAUUCAACCAGAGUGACUGACAAUCUACAGACAGAUGUAGCUCAUCGUGUGAGUCAGAAAAAUGCAU